GGGAAAAAAAUUGCGUGGGUGGGCAUAGAAAAGAUUGGAAAUGCUAAAGAGAGAUCAAAUGUUUACAUAUCGGCUGCAGCCGGAGGAGUUGGAAUCAUAGCUGGACAACUAGCCAAAGUUAAAGGUUGUCGAGUUGUCGGAAGUGUAGGCUCUGAUCAUAAGGUGAAGUUGUUGAAAGAAGAAUAUGGGUACGAUGAAGCUUUUAAUUACCGUAUAGAGACAGAUUAUGAUGCUGCACUAACCAAAUAUUUUCCGGAUGGAAUUGAUGUAUAUUUUGACAAUGUUGGUGGUAAAAUGCUUGAGGCUGUCCUUAAUCACGUCAACCAUGGAGCUCGUAUUGCACUUUGUGGAAUGAUAUCCGAGUAUAACAAGGUUUGGACAGAAAGAGAAGGAGUUAGGAAUUUAUUGAACAUGGUGGGUAAAGAAGUUAUGAUGAAAGGGUUUAUGGUGCCUUCCUAUUUUAAUCACUUUGAGGAAUUUAUAAAGGAGAUGGAAGUUCACUUGAAUGAAGGCAAAAUAAAGUCCAAGCACAAAAUCUAUAAUGGUAUUGAGAGCUUUUUGGAGAGUUUAACAUCUCUAUUUACUAGCUCCAAUGUUGGAAAAGUAAUUCUUCAAGUUACUCCUUAAAAGUAAUUCUCAGAAUGAUUAAACAAGCAAAAAUAGAUUAUAUAUUAUGCUUGUUAACUAUGCUAUUUUUUAAAUAAAAAUGUUGCAUUAAUUAUUACUUGUAUAAGAGGGUAUAUAUAUAUAUAUAUUUGUGAUGGAUUAAAAGAAAAAAUUGGUGUUUGUGAUAUAUGUUGA